AUGGCUCUUCAUAUACCUCGUGGGAUGUUACAAACUAUGAUGAAAGAUGGCGCAAAGCAUUUUAGUGGCUUUGAUGAGGCUAUCUUGCGCAAUUUAAAUGCCGCUAAAGAAUUAGCGCGCAUGACGCGGACUUCGUACGGCCCAAAUGGGAUGAAUAAAAUGAUUAUUAAUCAUAUCGAAAAAUUAUUCGUUAGUAACGAUGCCGCAACCAUGAUUAAAGAAAUGGAGGUUCAACAUCCUGCUGCAAAAAUGCUUGUGUAUUCUUUACAAAUGCAGGAGCAAGAGAUUGGAGAUGGAACUAACUUCGUAAUCAUAUUUGCUGGAGCGUUAUUGGAGCUAGCAGAAGAUUUACUAAGAAUGGGUUUAUCACCAACCGAGAUUAUUGAAGGGUAUGAAAUGGCAUGCAAAAAAGCGAUUGAAAUAUUGCCUGAUCUUGUUUGUGGUAAGGUAUCAAAUCUUCGUGAUGAGAGUGACGUGGGUAACGCUAUCAGAACUUCUGUGGCAAGUAAACAGUAUGGUUAUGAAGGUUUUCUAUCUGAUUUGAUUGCUAAAGCCUGUAUCAGUACAGUUGGAGCUAGUGAUCGUGUUCUCUUCAACGUGGAUAAUGUCCGGGUGGCCAAAAUAUUAGGAUCGGGAGUUCUCAGAUCUAGUGUUCUUCGAGGAAUGGUAUUUAGAAGAGGAAUUGAAGGCAAGGGAGAAAAAUUGAAAAACGCUAAAGUUGUAGUUUAUUCUUGUCCAGUUGAUAUUAGUCAAACUGAAACCAAAGGCACUGUACUAUUGAAGUCAGCCGACGAACUAUUGGAAUUCAGUAAAGGGGAAGAGACUAUUCUUGAGGCACAAAUCCAAGCAAUUGCUAACACUGGAUGUAAUAUUGUUGUUUCUGGCGGUAAAGUUGGUGAAAUGGCUCUUCACUUUUUGAAUAAAUUUAAAAUUAUGGUUGUAAGAAUCCCUUCUAAAUUUGACCUUCGACGAUUGUGCCGAACUGUAGGAGCAACUGCAUUACCAAAAAUUAUGCCGCCUACAGCGGAUGAAUGUGGCAGUUGUGAUCGAGUUUAUUUAACCGAAAUUGGCGAUAAUACUGUUACAGUAUUUGAUCAAUCGAGUGAUAGUGUAGUAUCAACUAUCGUUAUUCGUGGUUCUUCUGACAAUAUCAUGGAUGAUGUGGAAAGAUCAAUUGACGAUGGUGUCAAUACCUACAAGGCUUUGACGAAGGAUCCUCGAUUGGUACCCGGGGCUGGUGCAACAGAAAUAGAGUUAGCGAAGGAAAUUUCAUCUUACAGUGAAACGUGUCCUGGUUUAGCUCAAUACGCUAUAAAGAAAUUUGCACAAGCCUUGGAGGCGCUUCCAAGAGCGCUUGCCGAAAACUCUGGCGUCAAUGCCAAUGAAGUUAUUUCUAAUUUAUAUGCAGCCCAUCAAACAGGCGAUAAGGCUAGUGGUUUUGAUAUUGAGACGGGAAAAGCAGAUGUAAAAAACGCAACUGAGUGCGGUAUUGUUGAUUUGUAUCUUGUUAAACAUUGGGGACUAAGAUUUGCCACAGAUGCGGCAGCUACUGUUCUUCGAGUUGAUCAGAUCUUCAUGUCAAAACCAGCAGGUGGACCGAAGCCACCAGAAGCGAAAGAUCGAGACGAUGAUUAA